GCUUGAACAUGUUUCCCUGUCUUGGCAUCAAAUUAAAUUCUUAUCAACUCAUUGAAACUAAGAAAUUCAAUAUCUUUUUCAGUCAUCACUGGCAGGGCCAUAGAGUAGUGUAGAAGGAUAAAGUUACCAGUUGGUCAGAAUCUGGAUGUUGGACAUUAGUUGGACUGUGAUCACCCAGAUAAUCCGUGGGAUUGGCUGAGACAUGGACAGGGCCCAUUAUGUCUCUCGACCCAAACCUGGCGAUGAUGAAGAUGACCUGUUGGAGUUUCAGAGAACGUUUCUCUCCAGUAAAGCCUCGUCUUCUGCCACUGUCGUGACAAGUUCCAAACCAGAUAAAAGAGCUGAUGAAGCUAUCAAUGGAAACGAGACAGCAGCCAUUAAGACAACCCCAGCAGAGAGGGAUGUUGUUAAGUUACAAGGCUUACCGUCUACCCUUCCCACAGUCCCGACAGAUAUACCACAGACACCCAAGAGAUCAAAAUUUCGGCAGAAAAAUGACGCAGGAAAAAGUUCUACAGAAUAUAUGGAAGACCCAGAAGAGAGUUUAGAAAAACAUGACAGACAUAUCACAAAAGUAUUGUCAGAGAUUAAGGAGAGGGAUGUUCACCAUGUACCAGUGUAUUUCCCCAGACAGGUGUCUGAUGCUUUCCCUAAGGUACUACAGUGGGACCCAAAGUCUAAG